CCCGCGCGCGCGCCGCCAGGCCGGAACCAAAGUGCUGGGAACGCGGCGCCGGGACGCAGAGUGGAGAAGGACCUACGUCGGAAGUGAGGCAGUGGACGCGUGUGGCCGCUGCCAUGGCGCAUAUCACUAUCAACCAGUACCUGCAGCAGGUGUAUGAAGCCAUUGACACCAGAGAUGGAGCGUCCUGUGCAGAGUUGGUGUCUUUCAAGCAUCCUCAUGUUGCAAACCCACGGCUUCAGAUGGCCUCCCCAGAAGAGAAAUGUCAGCAAGUUUUGGAGCCACCUUAUGAUGAAAUGUUUGCUGCUCAUUUAAGGUGUACCUAUGCAGUGGGGAACCAUGACUUCAUAGAGGCGUACAAAUGCCAGACGGUGAUCGUCCAAUCAUUCCUGCGAGCAUUUCAGGCCCACAAAGAAGAAAACUGGGCUUUGCCUGUCAUGUAUGCAGUAGCACUUGACCUUCGAAUAUUUGCCAAUAAUGCAGAUCAGCAGUUGGUAAAGAAAGGAAAGAGCAAAGUUGGGGAUAUGCUGGAAAAAGCUGCUGAGCUACUGAUGAGCUGCUUCCGAGUCUGUGCCAGUGACACUCGUGCUGGCAUAGAGGACUCUAAGAAGUGGGGGAUGUUGUUCCUGGUGAACCAGUUAUUUAAAAUCUACUUUAAGAUCAACAAACUCCAUUUGUGUAAACCUCUGAUCAGAGCCAUUGACAGCUCAAAUUUGAAAGACGACUAUAGCACUGCACAGAGAGUUACAUACAAGUACUAUGUUGGGCGCAAGGCCAUGUUUGAUAGUGACUUCAAGCAAGCUGAGGAGUAUCUGUCAUUUGCCUUUGAGCACUGCCACCGCUCCAGCCAGAAGAACAAGAGGAUGAUUCUUAUCUACCUGCUGCCAGUGAAGAUGCUGCUGGGUCACAUGCCAACCAUCGAACUUCUAAGAAAGUACCACCUUAUGCAGUUUUCAGAAGUGACCAAAGCUGUAAGUGAGGGCAACUUGCUGCUACUGAAUGAGGCCCUGGCAAAGCAUGAGACCUUCUUCAUUCGCUGCGGCAUCUUCCUCAUCCUUGAGAAGCUGAAGAUCAUCACAUACAGGAACCUCUUUAAGAAAGUGUAUUUGUUACUCAAAACACAUCAGCUAUCCCUGGAUGCCUUUCUGGUUGCCUUGAAAUUUAUGCAUGUGGAAGAUGUAGACAUUGAUGAAGUACAGUGCAUUCUGGCCAACUUGAUAUACAUGGGUCAUAUUAAAGGCUACAUAUCCCAUCAGCAUCAGAAACUGGUUGUCAGCAAGCAGAACCCCUUCCCUCCACUGUCCACAGUGUGUUGAUACCCAGACCCUGCAGGUGGAGUGUCGUCUGCUCCUUUGGAGUCCAUCCUUGCAUGCUGUCCUCUGCUGCCAGCCUUCUGUUGCAUCCCUGGGGCUGCUGAGCCCAAGUUUGCUGGAUUGCCUUUUGAACCUCUCUACUAUCUGUAACCAACACCAGCCUCACCAAGACCAAGACCUGGGGUUCCUUUGUGGGACAUACAAACGCCCCUGCUAGCUUCUGGAGUUUGUGAACUCCUAGGAAGGAGGCAGCUACAUUUCACAUUCAUGUGUUGUUCAUGGAGGUGAUCUUUGUAACUUUUUGUAGUUCUUUUGUAAAACAAAGGAUAUUCAGAUAUACCAAUGGCAUAUUCUUUAUUAUAUGUUAUAGAAUGUGUUUAUUUUCAUAAAUUAAACUGAACAUUUCAUGUGUUCAAAAUGCUUGGUUAACUUAAGGCUUUGUAAAAACAAGAUUUAGGCUGAUAAAAAUUUCAGAUCUGA